AUGACCGAUUAUCAACCUAAGGAUUCAGAGGGAAAACCUGCUCUUACUCUGUGGAUGAAGAAGAAUCUUGUUACUCUAGAAUUAAUGCAGAGCUGUCUCAGUGACAAACUCAUUGCACUGACAACUAACAAGACAAAUGUUUUUCAAAUCUGGCAGAUGCUUAAAUUGCAGAUGAGUCAGAAAGGAUCAGGAUCUAUCAUGCUAUGGUUCUGCCAGCUUACCAGCCCAAUGAACCUUGGAUUUGAUAUCUCUGAACACAUUGUGCACUUCCAAGAAGUGCUUCACCAUCUUACUAUUGCUAAAUGGAACAGUGAAGCAAAUCAAAUCAACAAGACCAGCACUACUUCUGCUACCAUCAACAUUCUCCUGGAUGAGAAACAUUGUUGUGCCACUGCUAAUGUCACUAAGCAGCAAAAGCAGGAAUUUGUAAUGGCUCUGCUUGAUCAUCAGGUCAAAUCCCAUGGCAAGCUCUAUUGUAGCAACUGCCAUAAGAAGACUAAUCACAUUGCUGCUGACUGUUGGGCAUCCAGUGGUAGAAAAGAAGAUCAAGAUCCCAAGAAAAAAAAGCCUAAUACUAGGGGCAAAACUAAAAAGCAUGAUAAGGGCAAGAAGAAGGCCCAACAUGCUACUGAUGAUGUAUUCUCAGAAGAGGAAGAUUUCAAUACUACUACUUCCCACUAUGAUACAUCCAAUCAUAUUGAGAAUCCAGUGACCAAGGAUCAAGGAUCAGUGCACAUAGUUAGCUAUCAUUAUUGA